UGCACACGCUUACACAGGGCAUCACCUUGAUACACAUCGCGUGUCCUUGACACUUUCCCGCGCCAUCGCCCCGAUUCAUCCCUUUGCUCUGUGGAUACUCCCAUCCUAGCUCUGAGAAACGAUGUUGUUGCUAGCGUUGCUUAACUCCUUAACUUAAGCAUCUAUUCUCAUCCCGAGUCUGAGCCUAUGCUCAGGACCCUGCCAGCCGACACUUCGAUACUCAGGGUCUGCGGGUACAGCCUGCUGGCACGUCGGUCCGGCGCAGCGCACCUUGCCAGGCAUAAAGCGCAACAGGACGUCUCGCCUGCUUGACAGGACAGGCACCUUUCGUUAAUGCUCCGGAGCAGUUGCGGGGCCCAGUAAUGGCGCAGGUUCAGGCGCCGCCGCUGCCGCUGCCGCUGCCCAGCGAGGUCGUGAAUGCGGUGGUGGGAUGGCGAGGGGACGAGGAGGUCGCCGCAUGGCUGCGAGAUCUGGGAUCCGCGGCGCGCGGUGCCGUCGCCGUGCCGCCAUUCCGGCGCCUGCUCGGUGACCUGGAGGCCGUGCUCAUGAACGCUGGGUUCGGCACUGAUGAUUCUGCUGCAGUCGCUCCUGGUGCUGCUGCUGCCGCUGCUACAGCCGCUGAGGCUCCGGCCGGCGCUGCUGCCACACAAGCUAUAGCCGCUACGGCGUCCGAUCUGUGUGACGGGCUGUUGGAGCUGUGCUGGGAGAAGCUGCACAUGGGGUACUGGAAGGAUGUGCACGUGGCUUGGCGCAAUGGCUACACAGUUGCGUGCGUAGCACGGAGCCUCCUGACGCUGCUCGGCAAUCCUGCCGCAGAAGCAAACGAAGAUAGCAAAACUACCAACGCCUUGGCAACGGAUCUGGAUUCCGCUGGAUCUGGUUUUGACCUGGUUGCGGGCGUUUUGCGGCGGUUGGACCUCGGGCUGAUGAUGGGCGGGCCGCUGUGGCGGGCGGCCGUACAUUGCCUCAUCGGCCAACUGCAUCAGCGGUUGGCGGCGGCGGCGGCGGUUGGUGCGGCGGCGGCGGAUGGUGGGGCGGCUGGCGGCUCGGCAGUUACUGCGGUAAAGGCACGCGCAAACGGAGUGAGCGUGAAUGGAGAAGCGGGCGCGGAGGCGGCAGCUGCUGGUGGUGAGGGUGGCGGGAACGGGGAGCUGCGGCGGCCAUUCAAGAGGUUGCGCGUGGAGCACUCGAAUACUGCCGCCGCCGCCGACGACGACGACGCCGCGGCAGGGGCGCGGACGGCACAUGCUGACGCCAGUGGUUGCGGUGGCGGCGGCGGUGUUAGCGGCGGAUACGGCGGAUGCGGUGGCGGCGGCCAACUGGCGGCUGGGCCAAUUGGCGGCGUACGGCUGCCGCCGGGCUCACUGGGCGGGCCGCCGGGCCGCCGUGUGCCUGUGCUGUCAGGCGGCGGCGGCGGCGGCGGCGCUGCCGCCGCCAUCAGGGGCAGUGGGGAGGAGGGUGAAGGCAACGGCGAAGGCGAGGGCAACGGCGGGGCUGCGGUCUGCUGCGAGCCGGAUGUGGAGCCGCUGGGCCUGGAGCAUGUGGAGUCGUGUGAGCCGCCGGGGCUGGAGCAGUUCCUGGUGGAGGCCAUGGCGCCGGAGCGGCCGGUGGUGGUGCCAGGCGCCAUGGAGCACUGGCCGGCGCUGAGGCGGUGGCCGGACCUGUCGUACCUACUGCGGGUGGCGGGCGGCCGCACAGUGCCCGUGGAGGUGGGGCAGCACUACCUGGCGGACGGCUGGGGGCAGCAGCUCAUGACCCUCACAGACUUCCUGCAGCGACACGUGCUGGCGGCGGCGGCGGCACCAGCGGCGGCAGUAGCAGCAGCACAGCCUGCAGCCGGCGGCAGUAGCGCUAGCGUUACCGGCUGCAGCGGCGCCGCAGCCGUCACACCAAGCGGUGAAGGUGGCGGCGCCGCCGUUCCCGCCGCCAUCGCCACCUUGGAACCGGCUACAGCCCCUGCUACAGCCCCUGCUGCAGCCACCGAGCAGCAGCAGCAGCAGCAGCAGCCUGCGCCUCCGUUGGGCUAUCUGGCGCAGCACCCGCUGUUUGAUCAGAUCCCCGCCCUGCGUGCCGACAUCGCCACACCCGACUACUGCAGCCUAGGCGACGACGGCGAGCCGCACGCCGUCAAUGCCUGGCUGGGCCCGGCCGGCACCACCACCCCGCUGCACACCGACCCCGCACACAACCUGUUGGCGCAGGUGGUGGGCCACAAGUACGUGCGGCUGUACGCCCCCAGCUGUACGGCCGCGCUGUACCCCUUCCCGGCUGGAUCCAUGAACAGCAACAGCAGCCAGGUGGACCUGGACCGGAUCCAACCCCGGAUCCAAUCCCGAUCAACCCAGACCCGGAUCCAGACGGGGGAACUUCGGUGGGCUGAGGCGGAGGCUGCGGAGGAAGCGUUGCAUGCUGAGCCCGGCCUCAGUUCGCCCGGGACUGGUUCCGACUUCCGACAGCGGCCAGGGGCUCCGUGUGGGGCAGCUGCCGGCGGCACCGCGCACGGCCACGACGAGCGGACUGCCCAGCCCUUCCUGGAUCCCACCACGGGGUCUGGACCCGGGGAGCAGGCCCAGAAAGAGGAUGGCGAGGGAGGCGAUGGGGAGGAGGAGUGGCUGGGGGCGGCGGCGCUGCCGUUCCAGGAUGUGGUGUUGGGCCCGGGUCAGAUGCUGUACAUCCCCCCGGGCUGGUGGCACUUCGUGCGCUCACUGAGUACUAGCUUCUCUGUCAGCUUCUGGUGGAAGUAGAAUCGCGAGAUUGCAAGAACGUUCUAGUCAGGUGUUGUUCACGGGUGUUGUUUCUGUUUGUCUUCAUUCGGUACCUGCCGCAAGUAGUGGUGCUGAUUCAGUACCGGAUAGCAAGGAAGAUGAGAUCAACUGAGGCACCGGUGGGGCGGCCUUUGGAUACCUAUUACAACUGUACAAGCAAGAGCAGAGGGUGUGGGCCAAGGCCGCCAGGCAUUUGCGAGUUUGCGCUUCGUAGGUCGCGUGGCCCAGGAGUAGAGGGUACGCGUGUGCACGCCUUGAACUCACAAAUGCUUUUUUACAGUCCAAAAAGAAAGCGGCUGGGCGUGCGACGCACUGUGGUGUGGCUGAAGUGGAGUCGGGCGGUGACAGCGGGGGCAACUUCAAUGCGUGCCACGCUGGACACUAUUGGAUCCAGAGUUGCAUGCAUACGC